GGAGAAAUGGCGACGGCGAUUGUACGUUCAGCACUUUCACGAGCAGCGAUCAGCGCAUCUCCGAGGACAUCCGUUGCUCCAAAGCGAAGAUUUUCAUCUUCCGCCGGCCAUGACGAUGCUUAUGAAGCUGCAAAGUGGGAGAAGAUAACAUAUCUGGGUAUUGUUAGUUGCACUGCUCUUGCCGCAUAUGUUUUAUCCAAGGGUCAUCAUCACGGCGAGGAUCCUCCUGCGUAUCCUUAUAUGCACAUCCGCAACAAAGAGUUUCCUUGGGGUCCAGACGGUCUCUUUGAGGUGAAGCACAACGAAGGACACUGAUUUCUUGCUUCUUUACAAAUAAUUUUUCCUCUUCUUUGUUCACUUUGAAAAAGCUAAAUGCUUAUGGUCUUUGUUUUAACGUUGUUUACUAUUUGCUACACCACUCUUGUUGGGAAAUAAGAAUAACACUUUUGUCUUGUUAUUAUCGAAUACUUGUUGUUGUUCCUCGAAUCUCUUGCGAUUCAAUCUCAAUAAAAUGGAGAUUAUUCAUCAUAUAAUAAGAUAUUGAAACA